AUGUCCCAGACCCAACCCCCGCCGCAGGGCACUGCCACCGGCGCCGACAACCCCAACUACUUUGGCUUUCCCAACUUCGACCUCGGGUCCCAGGCCGGCAACGACUUUGCGAGCUACUUCGACGGCAACAUGCUGGGCACAUUCGACGACGUCCAGAUGAUGGACACGGGCGACGACGCCGGGGCCGCCGAUUUUGGCUCCAAUUCCGAGCCCGCGCAGCAAGGCGCCACCGACGAGUCGAUAGCACGCGCUGAGAACCAAUUCAACACGGCCGCCAACAACGUCCCCGGCGCUGGGCCCCUGCCCCCGGGCUCCUUUGCCCAGAUGAGCCUCUCCAGCGGCAACACCCUGACCGAGUUUACCAAGAGGAGGAACUGGCCUGCCAAGGUGGUCGAGGAGCUUAGGGACUUUUUGCACAUUCUCGAUGCCAAUGGCCGCGUCAAGUACGCAUCGCCCAGCGUUCUGGGCGUCGCCGGCUACCAGCCCGAGGAGGUGUCCGACGUCUUCCUCAAGGAUCUCAUCCAUCCGGACGACCAGGGCAUCUUCGUCUCGGAGCUCAAUGAGUCAAUUGCGUCGGGCAACCCUUUGCGCAUGUUUUACCGCUUCAAGAAAAAGGACGGCUCUUACGCCAUAUUCGAGGCCGUUGGCCACGCCCACAUCGCGAGCGCCAAGUUUGCGCCCAACCCUAACAAUCAAUCGCCGUUUUGCCAGGCCGUCUUCAUGAUGGCCCGGCCGUACCCGACAAAGAACGCAGGCCUGCUAGACUCAUUCUUGGAACACAAGAUUGAGAACGAGCGGCUGAGGAGGCGCAUCGCCGAGCUGCGCAGAGAGGAAGAGGCCGACGCCGACGAAGCGCAGCGGCAAUGGAUGCAGAGCCAAGAGGGCCGUUCGGACAUCACGCCAUCAGAGGACACGGGCGCAUCGUCGGUUACGCCGUUCUACCGGGGCAGUGUCAGCGAUUCGAUGAGCCAAUCGGACCGCAAUGCGCUCAACGCCGCCCUGACCAGAGAGAACCUCGAGGGUGCAUCCGCCGGCAGCCGCCCAGACUCGCUGCGGGAUAAGAUGGCACGAUACGAGGGGUCGUCACACGCGGACACGAUUGAGAUGUUGACCGGACUGCGGUACCAAGAGGGCGAGCGCAGCCGGGGGAUUACGACGGGCAACGCAAGCCCGACCCUUAUCAAGGGCGACGCCGGCAUAGCGAUACCCGUCGACCGCGACUCCCGGCCCGGCGAGAAGAAGAAGAAGUUAAAGACGACGGAGGAAUACGUCUGCACGGACUGCGGAACGCUGGACUCUCCGGAAUGGAGAAAGGGCCCGAGCGGGCCAAAGACGCUCUGCAACGCCUGCGGCUUGCGCUGGGCCAAGAAGGAGAAGAAGCGAAACACUGCCAACCCAUCCCAGCAGGCCGAACACGCCAUGGGCUGA